GCAAGAGCAGCAGCAGCAGCAGCAACAACAACAACAACAACAACAACAACAACAACAAUCAUGGCUCUACCUCUCCCAGUGAAACAGCAAGAGACUCGUGAAGCCUCGUGCGCCCUAGACAUCAUUGUUGCAGGUGCUGGAAUUGGUGGACUUGGCGCAGCAGUUAGCUGUCUCUUGGCAGGUCAUAAUGUUCAUGUCCUGGAGGCUGCUCCUGAGAUCCGUGAAGUCGGAGCGGGCAUCCAGAUUCUUCCCAACGGCUCGCGGAUCCUCAAGCACUGGGGGAUGGAAGAACGGUUAUCCAAGCACUGGCAAGUAUCGGAGUCAUUCGAGAUCAACGGUUACAAAGGGAACAAGAUUUCAUCCUUGAGCCUGGCGGAGUCCGCAUCCCAGUACCCAGGCACAUGGUACAGGACGUUUUACCGUCCUCAUCUUCAAAUGCCUUUGCUUGAGCGCGUGCGCGAACUCGGGGGGAAAGUAUCAACCAACGCCAAGGUGAUGAAUGUCAGCGUCAAUCCUGACAAUGCGGGUGCGACCGUUAUUACCGGAACUGGAGAGGUCCUGACAUGCGAGCUCUUCAUUGGAGCGGAUGGGAUAUUCGGGGAUAUCCCAGACAUGCUACUGGACAGUCCGACCCCUGCUUCCAAAACCGGCGACUUGGCUUAUCGAGUGCUGCUGUCGACUGCGGAUCUGCUGAAAGACCCUGAGCUGGCUCCUUUUGUCACCAAGCCUCAGGUCAACUUCUGGCUUGGGCCGGAGAAGCAUGUGGUCACUUAUAACAUUGGCAAGGACCACUUCAACGUCGUCCUUCUUGUCCCCGACGACAUUCCCGAGAGCUCAUCGGCCAACACAGUGAAGGGCAACGUGGAAGAGAUGUGCGCGUUGUUCAAGGACUGGGACCCUCGUCUUGGCAAGCUACUCGCACUAUGCAAGGAAGUGCAGAAAUGGCGUCUGUGCACUCGACUGAACACCCGCACCUGGUCGCAUCCCUCAGGGGCAGCGGUCAUGAUUGGAGACUGUGUCCACGCCACGCUUCCCUACAUGGCUGUGGGAGCCGGUCUCGCCAUCGAAGACGGCGCCGUGCUAGGAGAAUGUCUCGCGCGCCUCCCCAACAACCCCCGGAUCAGCAAAUCCUCCAACUCCUUCCUCAAGGCCAAGCGGCACGCGCUUGCCGUAUUUGAAAAAUGUCGCAUCGAGCGUGUCCGUAUCGCCAUCAUGCGGUCUCAUCGGCAGCGGUACCUCAACCAUCUCCCCGAUGGUCCCGAGCAAGAGCAACGCGACAGAGACAUGCAGUCGACACCCACGCCUGAAGGUGAGGCGCUGGUGUGGCGAGACCCUGGGACGGCGCCGACGCUGUUCGGGUGGAAUCAUAUCCUCGAGGUUGAAUCCAACUGGGACUUGUCUCCGACUACUGCCGAGACGAGCGGGUUGGUGCUGAGUGGGGCGCGUCUUUUCUGGGUGUACUUUGUCGGGGCUAUUGGCCAAUACCUGCGUUUCCUUGCGUCAGUUGUGAACAGAGGGGGCCGGCCUCUUCCUCUGGCUGCCUUGGAGAGACAGGUGGGGGUGGAGGGAAGGAAGGAUAAGAAGAGGCUAUAGAAGGGAGAAAUUGGGGAUGAGGAAAUAAUAGACAUGAUGUUUAUCGAUGAUGGAUAUAGACUGG